GGUGCUGGUGGUCCCUGAGCCCCUCCAUGUGCAUCACAUCCCUCUUCUCCUAAUUUUCACCUCCACGGGGCAGCUGGAGUUCAUCUCAUCCGGCCAGGGCUCCAGCUGCCCUGGCUUGCCCCAAUAAUGAUUUACUAGCCGGGGGGGGCCACUCCCCGCCUCCACCCCGCGGACCUUGGAGCCGGGGCCUGGCUACACUGUGGCUCCUCUCCAUCGAAAAUGUUUUCCCUGGGGUCCUGGCUCCCGGCGUUUCCCGGGCUGGCGUGGGGCUGGGCACUGCUGGAUGCACUCCUGCAAGGGCUGGUGGGUGCCUGCGCUGUCUCGGUGCUCUGCAGCCUCCUGAAGGUUUAUCUCUACAUCCAGUGUGUGAACAACCCCGAGAGGCAGGCGGAGAAGGAGGCGAUCGCGGCGCGGCGGCCGCUGCUGGAGCCGCUGCACGUGCUGGUGCUGACCGCUGUCCUGGCCCUGGUGGGCUCCCGCGUGGCCGCGCUGGUGGUGCUGGAGUUCUCCCUGCGCGCCGUCUCCACCAUCCUCUCCCUUGGCAAGGGCGCCCACAGCAGCCAGCUCUACCUGCUGUGCCAGUACUCGCUGGGCUGCGGGGUGUCCUGCGGCCUCAGCUUCCUGCUGGAGGGGGCUCCGCACCGCAGCUGGAACCUGGCGCUGGCGGCGGGGCUGGCGGGGCUGCUGGCGCUGCACGCCCGGCGCCUGGCCCGGCACGUCUGCGCCCUGUACGAGCUGCACAGCCGGCAGCGCUACUGCGGCGUCUGCAUCCUGCUGCUGGCCUCGGGGCACGGCAUCCCGCGCCUGCUGCGCAACGCCCUGGCCCUCACCUUCGCCGUGGCCGACCUGGCCGCCGUGGAGCUCAUCAACCGCGACUUCCUCUCCACGGGCGAGGCCGUGCGCUUCUGGACCCCGCUGACCAUCUGCUACACCCUGCUGGUCGUCUACAUGCAGGAGGAGUCCCGGCAGAGCACGGGCAGGGGGCCGGCGUUCCGGACCGUGGUGGUGCGGAUGGGCGGCCUCUUCAUCCUCCUCCUCACCGUGGGCCGAUGGACCGACAUCCUGCACAUCUUCGUGUCUCUGCUGGGGGAGCUCUGGUGCCUGCUCCGCUCCGGCGUCCUGCUGGAGUCCUGCUGGAGGCAGGAUUUUGCCCAGCAGCCUCGCGUGGAUAGUCUGUCGGGAUCCAGAUCGGAGGAGACGCCCCGAUGAGCCGCGGGGUGGAACCGGACAGUGGAAACUCAGGGUGGAUUCGCUGGGCACCCCAGAAUCCCCCCAUCACAGAUCUCCCAUGGGGAAUAAGGAAAAAAGGGUUCCUGGAAGGCGUCCAACCCCAUCCCAAGGGAUGGAGGAGGUCGGGGGGAAGGCUCAUGUUGCCCCUGGUUUUUGGGGGGAUCCCGUGAGGUUGCAGCACUGCUGGGGGUUUGUUCUCUGGUCCCAGUGGGAUUGCAGGAUGAUGAUGGAUGUCCCAUCGUUGCUGGCAGCUGGGCCACACUGACAGGGGCCUCCAGGGGAUUAUAAAUCUCAGAAAAUAAAGUUUUUUUUCCAGCAAAAUCCAUGGGCAGAGCAAGCUGGGGUCCCAUUGUGCUGGAAAGGCACUUGGAAUGGUGGUGGUGCAGAUUUUUGAGGGAGGUGGGUAGAAUUCCUUCUUGGGAAGGGAAACUGAGGCACUGAGUGGGCUGACCCUCUGGCUGGGAAGUGCCCCAGUGCCUCAGUUUCCCCCUGGCUGCACCUUGCUGUGCUGUGCCAGGGGACAACAGGCCCUGUGAAGGUGGGGUGCAGUGUGGGGAGGGGGCAUUCUG